AGUCCAGUAGUAAUCUUUGCUUUAUCUUUGAGUUUGAAGAAAGAAUGAAAUGAAAAGAAGUUGAAGUACUGAUUUGUUGUUGACCUAUGACUAAUAAUGAAUCAUUAUUAUUUGAAUAUUUAAACAAUUACCCAUCUGUCGUUUUAAAUCUAGGUGUGACGUUUUGCAAUCUUAUUCGACUGCUCAAAUUUUUACAUAAUAAAGAAUCAUGAAUGAUCUGGAUAAACAGUUGGCAGAAUUGGCCUUAUUGAACAAGAAAGAACUUACACCAGGAUCUAAUUCUGGAACUUUGGGCAGAAAAGUCGGUCCGGCUGUUCCUCCAAAACCUAAAAAACCUCAACCUCAGGUUCCACAGUCUUAUCCUUUGAAACAUUGUUCUGAGCCUUUAUACUCUUCAGGACUUUCAACCAAUUCAGCUUUAUAUUCAAAUGCAAGCAAUGUUUCGUCAGAUUCUCAUACAUAUGCUAACAGUGGACGAAUUUCAACAACUUCUUCUAAUCAAUCAAUGCCUCAACAAAGAUAUCAAAAUACUUAUGCCAACUUACCUAGGGAUGAUCAGAGAUUUACCAAUUCGUAUAAUGCUGGAACAUCUCCAUCUGCUGUUUCAACUAUGGGCGGGUCAGCCGUAGGUCAAAGAGCUUACGAUAAAAGGUCUGAUCAAGUUACUUAUAGUAAUAUUCAGACUGGACAUAGAGGCAAACCGGAACCCCUAGUUUACUCUAACUUGAUACAUUCUCCAAGAGGAGGUAGCAUGUAUAGCAACUUGAAUAUAGGAUCUCCUGCUCCCCCAUAUGGAAAUGGAGGUGCUGAUGAUUUGCCACCUCCACCACCCCCACUAACUUCUAACCUAGCAGAUUAUCAACCAUGUACAGUGAACACUAAUUUACCACCACCUCCUGAGGAUCUAAUUGCACCACCAUCUCCUGUAAGCUCUAGCUACAGCGAGUUGAGGAGGGCUACUGGACGAGGUCAGGAUUACAGCACUUAUGGAAUGGGAUCACAGUACGCCGACUCUGAUUUUGGAUAUGGAAAUUCGUCCAAGGCUUCCUCAACUUAUGAAUCAAUCUAUGAACCAAUCAACCCAAGGCCCCCUAGCCAGCUGUCCUCUCGCUCUAACUAUUCUCUGUAUGCCCCAUAUGUCAGUGGCAGCAACAGUGUAAUGACUGGUCCAUCUCAAUCAGCUAGCAGGAUGGGAUUGAACAAAGAUCAAGAAGUUGAUAGUUUGACUGAUCUUCUUGUUCAGGGUCUUGAGAACGAUGAUAACGAGAUUUUAGAUACUUAUGGUCAUUGUUCAAAAUGCAAAGAAAAGAUUGUUGGCGCAAGUAAUGGUUGUACAGCUAUGUCUAAACUAUAUCACACCAAAUGUUUCACUUGCCAUCAGUGUGCAGUAAACCUACAGGGAAAACCAUUUUACGCAUUGAAUGGUAAGCCCUACUGUGAAGAAGAUUACUUUAACACUUUGGAAAAGUGCUGCGUUUGCCAAAAGCCUAUCAUGGAUAGGAUCUUGAGAGCAACUGGUAAACCAUAUCAUCCCGGUUGUUUCUGUUGUGUUGUCUGUGGGAAAAGCUUGGAUGGAAUACCUUUUACAGUUGAUGCUACAAAUAGAGUACACUGUAUUGAAGAUUUCCAUAAAAUAUUUGCUCCAAGAUGUUGGGUAUGCAAGCAGCCAAUAAUGCCAGAACCAGGUGAAGAAGAAACUGUUCGAGUGGUUGCUCUUGAUCAUAGUUUCCACGUUCAGUGUUACAAGUGUGAGGAUUGCGGUCUAGUGCUUUCAUCAGAAGCUGAAGGAAGAGGUUGCUACCCUCUGGAUGGUCAUGUGUUAUGCAAGAGCUGCAAUGCUAAAAGGGUACAAGCAAUUUCGAAUAACAUAACAACCGAACUUUAGAAGAAUACUUACUGUAUUGUACAUUCCAAAUUGCUUAAAGCUUUCUGCUUUAAAAAAAAUGUUGAAUAUCCAGGUACUGACACUAACAUCAGAAGCAAAAAUUGAGUUGUUUCUAUAAGUAAUAACUGUUCCUAUUUAAUUAAUUUAAGUUAAAAAUGUUUUUAAUAAAUUCAAAAGUGGUAUAAUUUAUUACUGUACACUCAGUUUUUGGGAGUAUCGUAUCUGCAAUGAAAUUUAUGGCGUUUUUGACAGCUGUUUUUUGUAUAUGUAAUUAUUGAGUAAAAAUAGAAACGUGCCAUUUAGAAAGGUAAUGUCAAUUAUAUCAAUAGUAAUGUUUUACUCAAUUUCAAUGAAUAAUUUUAUUUUAUUAUAUCAGUUUAGUUCAAAAGAUUUAAAAAAAUUAUUCAAAUGGAUGUUUUUAAUCUUAACUUGAAUUUGGAGAUCUCUUCAUAUAGCUAUUUGCUCAUUUGGUUCAAGUAUUUCUUGGACCUUAAGUGAUAAUUUCAAUAAUUCACAAUAGUUUUUACU